UCUCCGGGCGCGGGGCUGCCGGUGUUUCGGGGCGCGGCGCCUGUCUGUCUGAGCGCGAGGCGGGACCGCGGGAGGUGGUGAUGGCGGCGGAGACGACGCUCAGAACACUGAAGCCACAUCACGAAGAGGCUCGGAAACCAGAGGCAGGAACCGCAGCUCAGUCAGUGGGGAGACAAGACGGGAUUGAACUCUGACCAGAAGGACUUUUAUAUCAGCCCAGAAUACUGAAGCCACUUCACUAGAGGCUCGGGAACCAAAGGCAGGAACGGCAGCUCAGUCAGUGGGGAGACUAGACGCCCAGAACACUGAAACCACAUCACUGAGAGGCUCGGGAACCAGAGGCAGGAACCGGAGCUCAGUCAACGGGGAGACAAGACUCCCAGAACACUGAAGCUCAUCACUGAGAGGCUCGGGAACCAGAGGCAGGAACCGGAGCUCAGUCAGCGGGGAGACAAGACGGACUGAAACAGCGACCACAUCUGGUGUUGCCCAACUACAUUGUGAAUCAGUUCCACCACUUUGGGAGAUUGGAGUGAGAUGGCCUCCACGGAGACUGAACCAAGUGCCAGUGCAGAGGGCAAUGGAAUGACCCGUGGUGUGGAUCAAACCCCCUGCAACAGACCAACAGGUACAAAUACCUUAUUCACUGAGACCCUGGCCCUGUAUGAUGAUUACCAGCUGCACAGACUGACAAAGUUCUACCGGGACAGAUUGGAACAGGCUAUUGAGGAAGGCGUGGAGGACAUCAGCUCAAGGCUCAGACAGAAGGAAUGUUUCAGCCCGCAGGAGCACAAAAAACUCACUGAGCUCACACACAGUGGGCAGAGGAGACAAAGCUCCAAAUUUCUUCUGAACCUGGUGAUGGGGAAAGGUUCUGAUGCCCGGAGAGUGAUGUGGGAAUCCUUUGUGAAAAUGAGGCCCACUUUGCCCAAACUGAACAAAAUCAUGACGGAAAUACAGCAACAAGGUGCCAGUCUAGUGGAUGAAGUGACCAUUGUCCGAAGUGUAUCAGGUGUCUCCAGUGAUCUGAAAGCCAUUCAGCAAUUGCACAAGGAGACGUUAAAGAAACAAAGUGAGAAACUGGUAGUAAAUACCAUUCUGAUAAAGGAGAAGGUGAAGCAGUUUCAGUUGGUUGAUCGCUACACAGAGCUAACAAUCAUUUCUGAUGUACGUGAACGGGAUCUGGUAGAACAUGAGCUGCUGGCGAGAGGCAGAGACCACGAGGAGUGGAGACAGAAGCAGCUCCGGGGAGAGCUGGAAAAAAUCCGAAUUGAUAAACUGUUCCACAGCAGCUUCUCUGGAGGAGGUCCAAUUUCCUGGUUGAAAAAAUUCUACAAGAGAAGCGGAUCUGGCAAUUUCACAGGGACUUCCGCAGUAGUGAGUGGAGUGGCAGGGAUUGGAAAAACAACCAUGGUGCAAAAGAUUGUCCAUGACUGGGCCACAGGCAAAAUCUAUCCUCACUUUCACUUUGUUUUUAUUUUGAAAUUUCGAGACCUAAACACUCGUAACAUCAGAUUAACACUGAGACAGUUAAUCUUGGAUGAAUAUCCGUACCUGAAAUAUGUUCUGGACGAGCUGUGGAAACACCCAGAGAGAUUGCUCUUUAUAUUUGAUGGUUUGGAUGAAUUCAGGCGAAGCAUUGAGUUCGCUGACAGUUGGAGAGAAGCAGAGUCUCAGAGUAGAUGCACAGACCCCGGUUUCUGGUGUGACGUGUCUGAAAUUGUGUACAGUUUAAUACAGAAAAAGCUGCUGCCAGGCUGCUCAGUGCUGGUGACCAGCCGCCCCACUGCAUUACAGUUACUGGCAAAGGCUCAGGUCAGUGUCUGGGCUGAAAUCCUGGGAUUUGUGGGUGAAGAGAGAAGGGAAUAUUUUCACAAGUUUUUUGAAGAUCAGGAGGUGGCGGCUGCUGUUUACAGCCACGUGGAGGAGAACGAGCUCCUGCUCACCAUGUGCUACAACCCGUCCUACUGCUGGAUCCUCGCUCUGUCUCUGGGUCCCUUCUUUACACGGAAACACAGCAACAAACAGCGAGUUCCCAAGACAGUCACACAACUCUUCUCCUAUUAUAUUUAUAACAUACUAUCACAUCACAGUGUCAAGAUGGAAAGCCCCCGUGAUGUGAUGCUGAAGAUUGGUGAGAUGGCCUUCACUGGAGUCUCCCAGAGAAACAUUGUCUUUAAUGAUGAAGAUCUGAUCAAAUAUAACCUCCAGCCUUCCCAGUUCCUCUCUGGCUUUCUCAUGGAACUUGUGGAGAGAGAGUCUUCAGAGCACAGUGUGGUCUACACAUUCCCGCACCUCACCAUCCAGGAGUUUGUAGCCGCACUCGCUCAGUUCCUGUCUCCAAAUCCAGGAAAUCUGAGGAAACUCCUAAAUGAAGCUCACAGGGAGGAGGACGGCCGGUUUGAGAUAUUCCUGCGCUUUGUUGCUGGUCUCUCCUCCCCACGGGCAGCUCAGCCACUGGAGAAGUUUCUGGGUCCAUUUGUCCAUCAGACAACCUGCGCGGUGAUCGAUUGGCUGAAGGAGAAGGUUAAAGCUCAGAUCAGAGACACAGACACCGUCACUGGGAAAAGGAAGCUGCUGAACACACUCCAUUACCUGUUUGAGUCUCAGAAUCAAGCCCUAGCAGAGCAAGCACUGGACUCUGUACAGACACUGACAUUUGGUGACUCCUCUCCAGAGAAAGCAUUGAGACUGACACCGAUAGACUGUGUUGUGCUGUCUCAGGCCAUUGGACUGUGUGACACAAUAAAACGACUCAAUCUGAGGAGUUGCUACAUUCAGGAGGAGGGUAUUCAGCGUUUGGUUCCUACUCUGCACAAGUGUCAGAAGUUGCAGUAAGUUUACUCUUUUUGU